AUGUCUGGUGCAUCUGGUUCAUCAGGAAGUGGAACAGGACGUGGUCGAGGCAGCAGUAGCAGCGGAGCAGUUGAGAACAAACCGGAAUCUAAAGAAAAUAAGCCCAAUCCAAAAAUGUCUAAGGCACUUGGCACUUCAGCUAAGAGAAUUCAAAAGGAAUUGGCGGAAAUCACACUUGACCCACCACCAAAUUGCAGUGCUGGACCAAAAGGCGAUAACCUCUAUGAAUGGGUGUCCACAAUUCUUGGCCCACCAGGUUCAGUGUAUGAAGGUGGAGUUUUCUUCUUAGAUAUACAUUUUUCUGCAGAGUACCCUUUCAAACCACCUAAGGUUACAUUCCGAACUAGGAUAUACCACUGUAAUAUCAACAGCCAAGGUGUGAUAUGUCUUGAUAUUCUAAAGGAUAAUUGGUCACCUGCAUUGACUAUAUCAAAAGUACUCCUAUCCAUAUGCUCACUUUUGACUGAUUGUAAUCCAGCUGACCCCCUGGUAGGGAGCAUCGCGACACAGUAUCUGCAGAACCGCGAGGAGCAUGAUCGUAUCGCGCGCCUCUGGACCAAGCGCUACGCGACA